AUGGGGUGUGUGUCGUCCAAGACCCUGGCGAAAUCGAGGAGCUUUUCGAGAAGCUCCACCUCGUCGGCUAGGAAAGCCAAGGAGCCUGCCAAGGUGCAUAGCCCCGCGACGGCGCCGGCACCAGCCGAGCCGGCGGCCAAGAUCGAGACGAUCGACGUGUCAGAGCUGCUCGCCAGUCUAGAGGAGGAAGAGGGCUGCACGGCGGAGCAAGCGCGGGAACGGUGGCAAAGCAGUCGCGACGAAGACGACGCUCCGUGGUCCGCGUCGGACGGGAGAGCGAGGAGCUUCCACACGGUGGUGUUCGACGCGAUGGUACUGACGCAGCAACAGCAGACGCAGAGCGAGAGCGGCUCGCCGUCGGAAGGACCGACCGCGCUGGCAACCGAACAGGAGGAGCUCGCUACAGCCACGGCGGCGACGGCCUCGACCGCGGAGGCAGAGCUAUCAGGCGGGUCCGGAUCGAACGCCGUCGUUGGAGCCAAGAGGUGGUUGAGGCGCGGCAACGGGCGAAGAAUGAAUGUCUUGCGGCGGCGUUCGACUUCUCCAUCUCCAAGUCCGGCAACUGCUGGGGGCCCGGGCUGCGCUUGGUAUGGCGAGAUCUUCUCGCCGGGCUCCUACGUCCACGCCCGGUUGGGGACGUCGUCGCCGGUGGCCUUGGAGGAGCUGUCGGCGGCAGCAGCGAUAGCGACAUGCGCUGUUUUGACCGGUUGUCAAAAUCGAGACUCUAAAUCAGAUCAAAGGCCUAAGAUCACAAUAAUAGGAUCGCAAACCAAUGUUUUUGAGGCGUCGCCUAGGCGAAAAGGCGUGGUCGAGGGCCUGGGCGUUGGGGUCGCCACGACCUCAGCGUUGCGGGAGAAGAGCUUUUGGAAAGGAAAGAAAGGAACGUGGGCUCAAGAAUUGGCAACAAACGAGGUGUGGCUCUUGGCCCUUGUUGUCCUACCAGCCAGAUCAAAUAUUUAUAUGCGGUUUGGUUUGGUAGUAUUCCUGGCCCUUCUUUCAAUGUGGAUUUUACCAAAACAUGUUUGGAAGGAUCAACUUGGAAGGGUUGCUCUCCUUUCAGGAUUCUUAUUCAUCAUGCUGGGAUUUGGUGCUGAUGGUGCGCCUUCAUUAGUCCAGACGAGAACGCCUCCACCUUCUGUUGUAGGCAUACCGAACAUUCCUUGCUCCACAAGUGGGUAUUCUUACACAAUCUUGAAACUGGGACCACUGCAAUUUACAAGGAAAGGCCUAUCUGUAGCAAGUACUUCAGCAAGCCUCUCCUUUGCGAUAUUCCAAAGUGCAAGUCUCUGCUUGACAACAACCACUCCCGAGCAGCUUGCCUCUGCUUUGUGGUGGUUUAUGAUUCCACUGAAGCAUAUUGGUGUGCCAGUACCUGAGAUAAUACUUACACUACUACUCUCAUUGAGGUUCAUCAAUUUAGUAUUUGAUGAGGUUCGCAACUCAGCUCUAGCGAUUGUAGCACGCCGGAUAAAUUGGAAAAAGCUGACAGCUAUGGAAACUAUAGAUAUUUUCUUCAACUAUGUCCGGCGGAUAUUCAAAAAUAUAUUUGAUCACGCAGAGCAAAUAUCCAAGGCAAUGGUAGCUCGAGGAUUUCGUGGCAAUCCAAGCAAUCACAAGAUCUACUUUCUUUCAGAAUCAUCAUUUGGAAUUGCGGAUCUCUUUUCAUUGCUUUGCCUAUUUGCUGUAGUGAGCUUGGCUUCCUUUUCUGACCAGUUGGUUUGA